UUUUUUUUGAGGAUUCUUGCUAUUUGUGGAAGACUAAUCAGAGGUCGACCGCGGUUUUAUCUCUUUAAAGAGUUUUAUUUUUUUAAUUUUAGGCCCCAAUUACUCCUCAAAGUGCUCCUAGGCCACGUGUUCCUCAACAAACUUCUACACAAAGCACACCAAGAACUUCGGUUGUUCAUCCGAAAAGUACAAGACGUGCUGUGGCUCCUGCAGUUGUUCAACCCUCAACUAGUAGUAGAAGACACGAUCCACCCAAAAAUUCAAGGCGCCAGCCUCAGACAGAAAAACGUCGUUCCCCAACUCGUUUCAUUCCAAUGCCUCAAGUGCCGCAAAAAGCUCCAAAUCUUAAUUCCAACAAAAAUUCCAGUCGUAUUCAGAAAAUUGAGUCUUCACCGCCUCCCAAACGGCGUCGAGAAAGACAACGCUCUGUACCUGCUCCAAUUGUGCAAAAAAUUGUUGUACGGCGGUUUGAGAUAUCUCCAUCGACUUCAAAAAAUUCACAACAUGAAUGCCUUCCACUAUUGGACAAUAAUGUUAUUCGGCAACAAGAAGUAACUACUCAAUCACCACCUUCCAAACGUCAAAAUCAAUCUCAACAAAUUCCACCAACCCCAACAAUACAACAAAAUGAUGUUGGUGGUGGUCGGCAACAACGAGAAGAAGAAGAAGUUGUUCGUCAACGAUCUUUAACUCCUCAACAAAAUAAUGGAGAAAUUUUAAAUUUUGUUCAAAAUAUUUCUGAGCAGAAAGACCUCAUUAAAGAAAUGUUGGUUUAUUUUUUAUUAAUUUUUAGAUAUUGGGGUUAA